AUGUUGUUCCUUAACUCCUAUGACAGUACGUUUUCCUAUGUAACUCAUGAAGACAUCUGUAAUUUCUUUAAUGGUGAUACACCUUUGGCCAUUCAGGCACCUUCUGGUACACAACUGGAGGUACCCAUUCCAGAAAUGGGUCAGAAUGGACAAAAGAAAUACCAGAUCAAUCUAAAGAGUCAUUCAGUACCUAUCCAUGUGCUGCUUAUAAAUAAAGAGUCGAGUUCAUCUAAGCCCGUGGUUUUUCCUGUUCCCCCACCUGAUGACCUCACACAGCCUUUCUCCCAGUCCUUGACUCCAGUGACUCCACAAAAAUCCAGCAUGGCAACUCAAAAUCUGCCCGAGCAACAUGUCUCUGAAAGAAGCCAGGCUCUGCAGCAGACAUCAGCUACAGAUAUAUCUUCAGCAGGAUCUAUUAGUGGAGAUAUCAUUGAUGAGUUAAUGUCUUCUGAUGUGUUUCCUCUCUUAAGGCUUUCUCCUACCCCGGCAGAUGACUACAACUUUAAUUUAGAUGAUAAUGAAGGAGUUUGUGAUCUGUUUGAUGUCCAGAUACUAAAUUAUUAGAUUCCAUGGAAACUUGGGACUGUUAUCUACCUCUAACUGUGUAACAUUUUAGACUUCUUAAUAACCUAAGUAUUUAAAAUAAUGAAUGUAACACUUCUUUUAGUUCACUGAUUCUGAAGUGUUCUUCCCUAAUACUUUCUUUACUUCACAAAACUUCAACCAUAAAAACAAAGGGCUCUGAUUGCUUUAGGGGAUAAGUGAUUUAAUAUCCACAAACCUCCCCACUCCCAAAAGUAACUAGAUUCUGGAUUUCAACUUCUAAUUGUGAAUCCUUCUGUUUUUUCUUCUUACAAGAGGAAAGUUAAAGGACACUACAGGUCAUCAAAAACAAGUUGGCCAAGGACUCAUUACUUGUUUGUCUUAUAUUUUUACUGCCACUAAACUGCCUGUAUUUCUGUAUGUCCUUCUAUCCAG